GUCCGAAGCUUUUGCAGCCGCAGCAGGACUCUGGAAGGAUGAGGUCCUCCCUGAUGCCUUUUGGGCCUCCUGUGAGCCGGGACCGCGUCAUCACCAGCUUCCCUAAGUGGUACAUGCCAGACGCCUGCCUGCAGCUCAAGGAGCACUUUCACGGGCAGGUCAGUGCCGCCUGCCAGCACAGGAACAUGGGCACUAUCGGGCUGAAGCUCUCCAAGGUGGUUGUCGUCGGCGAUCUCUACGUGGGCAAGACCAGCCUCAUCCACAGGUUUUGCAAGAAUGUUUUUGACCGUGACUACAAGGCCACCAUCGGGGUGGACUUUGAAAUCGAGCGCUUUGAGAUCGCUGGGAUUCCCUACAGCCUCCAGAUCUGGGACACAGCAGGGCAAGAGAAGUUCAAGUGCAUCGCAUCCGCCUACUACCGGGGUGCCCAGGUGAUCAUCACGGCCUUUGACCUCACUGACGUGCAGACUCUGGAGCACACCAGGCAGUGGCUGGCAGAUGCACUGAGGGAGAACGAGCCGGGCUCCUGCUUUGUGUUCCUAGUGGGAACCAAGAAGGACCUUCUGUCAGGGACGGCGUGUGAGCAGGCGGAAGCGGAGGCCGUGCGCCUGGCCAACGAGAUGCAGGCCGAGUACUGGUCGGUGUCAGCCAAGACAGGGGAGAACGUGAAGGCUUUCUUCAGCCGCGUGGCUGCCCUAGCGUUCGAGCAGUCGGUGCUGCAGGACCUGGAGAGGAGGAGCAGUGCCCGGCGCCAGGUCGGCGAUGGAGACCUCAUCCGAGUGGAGGGAAGUCCACCCGAGACCCAGGAGAGCAAGAGGCCGUCCGCCCUGGGUUGCUGUUAGCUGAGGCCUGCGUCAGAGGCCUCCACUCCCCACACGCGCACAGACAGUGCCUUCCGUGACUGGAGGGGUGACGUGGAUCCCAAGCUCUGCAACGUGACUGUCC